AAUCUUCCCGAGCCCUUCGUCCUAACCAAUAGGCUGCCUACGUACACCUCUCGAAAACAUGUCGCCGAUGAAGCUGUGCGUUCCCGGUGACAAACUAUGCAGCGCAGAAGACUGUAUUCCUGGCACAGGAGUAUACCUGCGACAUGGCUACAUAUACUCGUCACUAGCAGGCUAUGUGCUCAGGAAGAAUGAGGGAGAGGAGUUACCAGUGAUUUCAGUUGUGAGGGAAACAGAAACACAACUGCUGCCAGAUGUAGGCGCAAUAGUCACCUGUAAGGUAACCAGCAUCAAUCCCAGAUUUGCCAAAGUCCACAUCCUUUAUGUAGGUUCCACACCGCUGAAGGACCGCUUUAGAGGCACUAUCAGAAAAGAAGAUGUGCGUGCAACAGAGAAAGACAAGGUAGAGACAUACAAAAGCUUCAGACCCGGUGACAUCGUCUUGGCAAAAGUUAUUUCUCUUGGUGAUGUUCAGUCUAACUACCUGUUGACAACAGCAGAAAAUGAACUGGGAGUGGUCGUUGCACACAGUGAAGCAGGUGCUCAGAUGGUUCCCAUCAGCUGGUGUGAGAUGCAGUGCCCACUUACGCACGCUAAAGAGUUCCGUAAAGUAGCGCGAGUGCAGCCCGAGUACCUACAAGCAUGAGAGUCUGGAAAUUCCUUCCUAUCACAAGGAACCAUCAUCACAAGGAACGCACAACCCCGCCCAUCUGCCCUUCAGUCACUCCUGUCAAGUAGCUUUCCAGCUCUGUUUUUCGAUACUAUCUGAGUAAUGAUUCACAGAUUACUUCUGGUUUCGCGUGUCUUAAGUGUUUUGCAAAAAGCUAUCUUUCAUCUGUCCAUGCUGUUUAUUUAGUCAUCUUUUCAUUGUGUUGGAUGAAAACCACUGAACAGAACAACUUAGAAAAAAAGUGGUUAAAUUCCAAACAAUAGCAGGUGUUGUUAAAUCCACAUGCCAGAAAUGUGGGUGUGAAAAAUUGCCUUUAAAUUUUCUGACGGCAAUCAUAUUAGAACUGUAUCAGUUCACUCAAAAUGUUGCAUUGCAGCUGCCAAACUGUCACAAACCUGAAAACCAAAUUGAGCAACUAGCCAGAUGCAGGAGUCACUUAGUUUUACUGUUAAGUAUUACAGUUAGAAAUGUGGCAGGUCAUCGGGUUGGUUAGUCGAUAAAUGGAUGGAUCUUUGACGUAAAGACAAAACUGGACUCUUUUAUAUCCAUUUUAUAUCUGGAGAGGUGAGAAAAGGGACCCUGAUCCAACCAGAAAUACUACAUAGGUAGCAAUGUAGUUUUUCUGCUGAGAUAUCCAUGCAACUAACCUGAUUGGCCACGUUCAUAGAAGUGAAAGACUUUGAGCUGAAAAGACUCUGAGCUCUUUUUUUUUUUUUUGUUCCUUUAAAACUUUUCAGUUUCUAGUAAAAUAAAUGUGAUUAAAAGAAAUGGAAUACUGAAGUACUGCAUACGAUAGUCAGAUAUUUUUGAUUUCCAGCAUAUUAACUCAAAGAUUAUAAGCGAAAUACAAGAAAGCAGUAAUACUAACAUUUUCUUUGAUAUAUACUGGACUUCUCUUAUUCUUUCUUUACUGUACAGAAGAUGUGCAAGAAUGAAAUAAAGCGACUAUCCAAACCAUC